UUUUACCAGGACGUCUGCAGCAGCUGUCCACUGGCAUGUCAGCGGGAGCGUCACAGUGGUGAUACAGGGGUCCAGAAGUGAACUGAGGCGGCUGCGAGUAGUUUGAUCCAGGAAGGUUUACCCUCACUGUCUCCAGCCUGUCCAGGACCUGCAGCCUCACCAUGGCGGAUCAGUACCAGUACAACACCAACGAAGAGAAGAUUGUGAAGGACAGCCACACCAAGGAGAUCGAUCUCAUUAACAGAGACCCAAAGCAGAUCAAUGAGGACGUGGUGAAGGUGGAGUUUGAGGAUGUCAUUGCAGAGCCAGAUGGUACACACAGCCUGGAUGGGGUGUGGAAGCUCAGCUACACCACCUUCACUGUGUCCAAAUACUGGUGCUACCGCAUCUUGUCUGCUGUCUUCGGGAUCCCUGUGGCUCUACUCUGGGGCUUCCUGUUCGCCUGCAUCUCUUUCUGCCACAUUUGGGCUGUGGUUCCCUGUAUCAAGAGCUGUCUGAUUGAGUCACAGUGCAUCAGCCGCAUCUACUCUCUCUGUAUCCAGACCUUCUUUGAUCCCUUCUUCGAAGCCCUGGGAAAGAUCUUCAGCAGCGUGCGCGUGGCACUGCGCAAAGAAGUCUAAGAACGCAUAAGUGUGGUAUCUUUUUAUACACCAGAAAUCUGGCAUCUUGCUUACUCCCGGUUACUCCUCCUCUGGCCUUCAUAACAUGCUGCUACCCACCCUCCCAUCCUCAAGCUCAGAGCUCUAAGUCCUGACAUGCCCAGUGUUUCCUUUUGCCACCAGAAGCUCUGUGACAGCUGCAGUAGGCAGCGUGGUUUUCUGACAGCUCUGGCACUCCUGGAAGGCUCAGUGUUCCUCACUGAGGGAGAAGAGGGCCCCCUGCCAUGAGGAGGAUCUGUCUGCCCUCAUUUGCUUGUAUGACAAAAAGCUCAGACAAUGGCCACACCUUCACAGCAAAUGAAAUGGACUCCUCAACACUGCUGCACCUGUGGACGAUGCUGCUUAUGUGCAUUACAUUUGGUUAUCCUCAAAAUUAUACUGAUGCUGUAAUGUUGCUGUGUCUGGUAUUGUUUUGCUUCAUAUUAUUUUAAUUGAAUUUGACAAUUCUACAUGUGUAUAAGUAACCUCAUUAGAAAAGCCCUGACAGAAUGACAGAAAUUUUAAAAGUUUUCUCUAUGUUAUUAUUUUGUCAAACAUUGUCCAAUUUCUUCUAAAAAGAUUUGUGACGACUCUGAAGUAACGUCAGAGUAACUGAUGUAACUGAAGUAACAGACUUUUUGGAGACUUGCAGAUGUAAGAAAUAUGUUUGCAGAUAAUCUACUUCCUUUUAUCAAAUGGAUAUGAGUGGAAUAUUAACCAACCUUUUUGUAUUUUUCAGUCAAGUAUGUGUAUACAGGUAUGGACCUAACUACUAAAUGGGGUAAAGUAGGAGAACCUUCAAAUGUUUCAUAGUGUUGUUUUGAUUUGUUAUUAAAGUGUGAAGCCUUUUGCUUAUAUUGUGUACCUGCAGUGAAGAAGGGCAGGGCUGAAACCAUCAGACUGUCCCUUUAAUGAGUGUAUUUCACCACUGGAGCGGUGUUUGAGUGAAAGUAUAUUAUGUGUGUUUGUCUUUGUGAGAAGCUUAGGAAAUACAUUUCUAAGAUUCACCAAACAUUCAAACCGUGUGUUAGUGAUAUUAUUGGUAACUUCAGCAGUGAUCUGAGAACUGUGACCCACUAGAGGUUGCUGUUGUGCAUCCUUCAGUUGCAGUCUUCAGUCUUUACUGUCUGGGAUCCAUUACUGAUAAUUCAGUGUCACCACACCCCUACUUGUGAAGCCUCAAUAUGUUCCACUCCAGCUGAUAAAUUGAACUCAUUUAUGCCACUAAAAGUGCUAGAAAAUGAACAGAGUUUAAGGUGCUGAACAGCACACUGUAUUAAACCAUUAUUCUGAUUAAUGAACUGUGUUAAACUGUGUAAUUAGUGUGCCUGAUUUAUUCGUCAGGUUGUGUGGUCAUUUCAUUAAAAAAUAACAUUAAGAGCCUCAAUCACUUUGACUUCAGCAGAUUGUGGGCAGUAAUAAUUCUCUCUCAAUAGACCACACAUUUUGUAGAAAAACCAAAGCUUUACAUUGAUGCUUAUAUCAAUCUUCAUCCUCAUUUUACAAGGAAGUUUCAAGUUAAGUCAUCUUAAUGACAAUUAAUAACUGCACAUAGACAAUAAUUUAAAUGUUUUACCCUCGAAAGAAAGUUUUCAGAGUUAACUAAUAAACGUAUUUAGAUAUAAACUUAGCCCAGAAAUUAUACAGAGACAGUGAAUAUGUAGAAAAUGUGAAUAUGUUUAAUGUAAACAAAAUACAAAACAUUUUCCACAAAUACUGAUCUCAUAAUUUUGUUGAUUUAUAUUCCUUCCUUGCAAAUAAUUAAUGGAACUUGUGCAAUUACAGGCAUACAUCUACAUAUAUAGUAUAUGACCUCCACAUCUAUUUUGAACAACAGAUAAAUUAUCUAAGUAAUACAGUCAAAAUUUUUUUAUCAUGAAAUUCAUAGCAAAUGUGUUUGAUGUGAUCUGUUAAGUAUUUAGUGCCAGCUGUUGCCUUUGAAUGAUUUAUGGUUUUCCAGCAUUUACCGAUAUGGUAUGUUCCACUCAAAUAAGAUCGUCUUAUAAAACGUCACAGUAUCAAUGCUAUAGGGGAAGUAAAUCCCCUCUAAAUAUGAAUCUAAAAUACAAAACAAUUUAUAAUCUCAAGAUGCAGCGGCGGUACAGUUGUUCAAGUCAAAUAUUGGAAAAGUAUAAUUUUGUUUUCAUUUCAUUAAUCAAUCCUGUAAUCUGCACAGUAAUAGAGCUGAAGCAACAACUGUGCAAUAAAAUGCAGUUUAAUAUUUCUGAAAUAAAUAACCUGUAGGAAGUUUCAUCAUCCUAUAAUAAUAUCUGAGGCUUUUCUUUGUAGUGUUGUUGCACUUUGUUGUCUUAUAAUGAUUUGUCGGUGUAAGGUGGCAGAGAGACAACAUAUCAGUAUGAGCUCAAUAAUAGUUUUAAUUGAAUCAUCAUCUGGUUCACAGUGUCUCAACUGAAGUUCAACACUAUAAAUUUCAUCAAGUUAGUAUUAAUUGCAGAGUUAUUGCACCAGGUUUUUUGUACCUUACAGCUUUUUCUUUUAUUCAGAUCACUCCUUGUAACUGACAAUGACAACUGAUGUGCUUUAAUUAAAAUAACAAAUACCAAACGAUUCACAACUGAGAUGGCUCAUAUACUUGAAACACUGGCAAUGAAGAUAAAUAGAACUGACUAAAUAGCAGCCUUAGACUUAAUUAGCUUUGCAACAAUGACUGACAGAGUGAAUUCAUGGCCACAGCUUACCUUUAUUAUCACUUCCUGCUGGAUCAUGCACCGUGUCACUGUUGCCGCAAGAUGUUUCCAGAAACAUAAGUCACUUUAGUUCACUCCAGUGGGCUGCACACUCUUCAGAUCUCAUCCCGAUAAUGCAUUUUGGGGCUGUGAUACAACAGGAUGUUCAAAGUUUAAAUAUGCUGCCAAAAAUUUGCAGGAACUCUGUGAUUGUAUUGAUUCAGUGUGGACAAACAUCCCUCUGGAACACUUCCAGCGCCUUACCAUGGAUUUCUUCACACUGUUCAGGAGGCAAGAGGAGCUCUAAUGAGUGUUUGCUAGGUGUAAAUAAUGAUGUUGCCGCUUUUUUGCUGCUUUUGCUUUUUAUUCGCUUUUUAAAGCUUUUUUUUAAUCGUUACCAGUGACAUUUAUGAUAUCUCACAUCUAACAAUAUCUCAAGUAACAGUUUACAUGUAUGCAAUCCAUUGCAAAUGUAACAAAGUGAACAACAUGGCACACAAUAUUUAUUACAGAUGAGCAAUUUCAUCAUAACACAGACAAGCUUUCAAAGUGACAAGAAAUGAAUCAAUAGUGUGGUUGGCUGAGGUCGACAGUGCUUUAAAAGUCAUUUGAAUAUGUUCUUUUUUCCUUUCUCUGCACUGCAAAUAU